GAUAUAGAACUCGGCCCCACACACUGGCCCCCGCCUCUCCUCUACCGUCAUCUAGUAUAGUUUAGUUAAUCAUCCAAAACUCGCCGCACACAACCCCUUCCCACCGCAAAACGGAACUUCUUCCAAUACUUCACUUCCCAAAAAGUAAACACAGAGCCCCCUCGGACCAUCACUCCACAAUACUACUCCACCAUGUACUAGUAUAUCUAGCGACUGGCAACCCUCUCUCUCUCUCUCUCUCUCUCUCUCUCUCUCUCUCUCUCAUUCUUGACCAAACUACUCUCUCUCUCAAAUGAAUUUAGCAAUGAAACCCCACAGCAGGAAGCUCCUACCAGACGCCGACACACUCGGGACCAGUACCCUACUCCCACACCCUUAUGCUCCCAACCCAAUACUGCUCCACCAACCCACCAACGCCACAACCAAAGGCCCGCCCUUUAGGCCCAACUCCUCCCCACUGGACUCCUCCAUGACCCUCACCACCCUCGUUCUCCUCACCGCUCUCUUCUUCAUGGGCUUCUUCUCCCUCUACCUCCGCCGCUUCGCUGACUCCCCCUCCUCCUCCUCCCGCCCCCGCCGCCGCCCUUCCUCUCCCUUCUCCUCCUCCACCCUCCUCCCCCUGUGGAGAUCAUCAAACUACCCCGAAGGCCUCGACCCCUCCGCCGUCCGAUCGCUCCCGCUUGUUUCUUACGGUGGGGACGCGAAGCACCCGAUCGACUGCGUCAUCUGCCUGUGCGAGUUCGAGGACGGGGAAACGGUUAAAAUGAUUCCCUACUGCCGCCACGUGUUCCACGCGCGGUGCGUCGACACGUGGCUGGCGUCGCACGUGUCGUGCCCGUUGUGCCGUUCGUCGAGGAUUUUCGGAGGUGGGGAGGAAUGCUUGGGCGUGUCGCGGGGAGAGGUGGUUGAUCGCGGUGGAGGUGAGAGUUUUAGAUCGACGGUGGAGAUUGAGAAUGUGGGUCCGGUUCGGAUGAUGAGAAGGGCUUGUAGUUACCCUAGCGUAGGAGAUCGAGUCGUACUGGAGAGGAGCUCGAGUUUUUAACCACCUUCAGCUUUUAAAUUUUUUUUUUUUGUGCCUGUGAAUGAUGGCACGUGUAAAUAUGUAUAUAUAUAUUUAUACUGGUACAUUAUUCUAAAAUUAUUUACUAAUUCGAAUAAUCCAACACGUUUGGUAUUGGGCGCUUCUUGA